UCGUUAAUCGCCCAUUACGCCCGUGACCUAUGGUUCGGUGGGUUUCAUAUUCAGGGCCACAUCUCUCGUUUCUAUUGCUCAUGUAUUGCUGUGCAUUGAAGCGUCCAUGCGUGUCUGCGCUGUUGAGCCUCUCUACGCAUGUCCACGUUACUACGCUCCCUAUUGCAUUGUGUGCACCACGUUGUCGUGGAAGCAUGUCAGGCUGCCAGCGGACAACGUCAGAUACUUCAACGUGUUGACCUCAUGCGCUAACUCCAUGCGUUGUCCACACGCUCUCGAACGACACAUAGACCACACUUGCUUGGGCUGCGCAGUGGCUCUUCGGUUCAUACGGCUCGCUCAAAAAACAGUGCCCCAAGGAGUCUCUAUGGAGUCCAAAUCCAUGUCGCCGCAGAUUGAGUCGCGAGUGAGAUGCCGGACCUGGAGUGUUGACAGGCUGUGUCCUGUACCGAUGGACGGAAAUCUGUAUCAUAUGCAACAGGUUCGGAGCAACGAACAGACGGAGUGCCGACACACAGAGCAGAGAAUUGCUCUUCCUGUACUCUUCGUUCUUCACUAUAAGCUUCACCUUUUGCGAUGAAGUUUAGACCAUGUUCUGUGCAAAUCCUGAUUUUUUCUCAUGAUCGGAACACAUCGGUUUAGGCAAGAUCAAAGCUGGACCAGAAAUCCACAUGCUGCUUGCACACGAGUGCAUACAG